UUCGUUUAGCAAUAGCAGAGAUGCCAUGUCUCUGUCGAUGAGUCGUUCGUUCAGUGGUGGUCGUGGCGUUCUUGAGAAAAAAAAAUAACAAAAUAAUUUUAAUUAAAAAGGAAGAGUAUGGCAUUUUUUAUGCCAUCGAACAAAUUGCAUGAAAAUAUAGUUCAACAUUUGGAAACUGGUGCCGCGUAAUUUUAUUUUUCAAUCAAUAAACAAUUGGAGAAUACAAUCAAUAGUUGUUGUCCUGAAAACAACAAUAAGCAAUGGCAUCAUCUUGUAUGCCGGACCAUCAAGUGCCACAGAACAAUAUGGACAAUAAUAAUAUGGAUAUAUCCGAUGACGAUAUGGUGAAUUCCGAUGAUGAAGAUCAAAGCAAGCCAGAACAGGAGCAUCAGGAAUUACAUGAUGGCCACUUCAAUUUUCCUAACAAUGCUACAUGUUGGGUUUGCAAUGGUUAUUAUGGACCUAAUUUCGGUGAGCCUCUGUGUGGAACAUGCCAUGCCUUUCUCUAUAAUACCGAGCCUACAGAAGAAUUGGAGACGACAAUAUCGGAUGAUGAAGAUUCGGGCAAUGAUGAGCCUCCGUUUAAGGACAAAACUGAAGAAAAUGACGAUGAUGAAGAUGUCGAUGUUGACGUUGAUGUCGAUGAUGAUGUAGAAGAAGAAGAUCCCGAUAAUGAUGCUGUUGAAGAAGAUGUCAUGGAUGACGUUGAAUUGGAGGCCGAAAACGACAUGUUGGAAGUACGGGAGGAUCAGCCAGAAUUGCCUUUGGACAAUGAAGUUGUGGAGAGACCACAAGUAGACCUCGUACUUCCUGUUGAAAGACCACGACCAUCGGCUCCUCGCUCUCUGCCGCAACUUAUGGAACUAUUGUCGGAGGCUAGAGCAAAUGCAAAUGAAGUGGGUGUUGGUGCAAUUACACCAUCUCUAAGACCCUCAAACCAUAUUCUAUCAUUUCCAGUGGAGAUAAUGGUCAUUAUAUUUUCUUAUCUCGAUGAUAUGUCCAUGUGGAAGGCAAGUGAAGUUUGUAAACAGUGGCACGACAUUAUUGCCCAAAAUACUUCACAACAAAUGUGGCGUAAAUAUUUUAAGGAACGCUGGCCAUUGUUUCAAAAUCUUGUGGAAAUACAGGAUUGGAUGAAACUGUAUGGAGCUCUGAUGAGUUCUUGUUUUUGCCGAACAUGUCUUUUACAGAUGGCGCUAAAGACACCACCAAGAGGACGUCAAAGUGCCAUUAGAGCAAAUUUCCUUAUAAAUGAUUUUCGACUUCUUAAUAGUUAUGCCACUGAGGGCAUAGAGGCUAUACCAUUGGAUAAACAGAAUACAUACUGGCAGGCCAGUAUAUUGGGACCUCCAGGCAGUCCAUAUGAGGGUGGUAAAUUUUUCAUAUUUAUUUUCUUUCCGGAAAGAUACCCCAUGAUUCCGCCUACAGUACGCUUUCUUACCAAAAUUUUACAUCCAAAUGUUUCGCGGCACGGUGAUGUUGGCAUAGAUAUUUUCCAGCAUAAAUGGUCAUUGGCAUUGAAUGUUUCCAAAGUUCUGCUCUCUGUACAAAGUUUGCUUACAGAUCCUUAUACAGAGGUUUGCAUGGAACCAGACCUUGGCUAUAUGUAUGAACACAAUCGCUGCCGUUUUGAAUCUUUAGCUCGUUCUUGGACGUGGAAAUAUGCCAUGUUCGAACUAAUUCCGCCACGUUAAUAUAUUCAACUGUAGUAUAUAAAAAAAAAAUAAUUGGUUUGCUACUCCUGCUCCCAAUUUUGUUUGUAUUCCUUAAGCUUUAAAAGUAUAUUAACAAAAACAAAAAAUACUAAUGUAAGAUUCCUUAAUCUUUUCUCUUAUAUAAUUUUUAAAAGUUAAACUUUUAACUAUGACUUAGUAGUUACUAUUAGUAUUCAUCUAUUUGUUUAAGCUUGUAUUAACAUGUAAGUUAGUUUUCCACACUUCUCAUUUUUCUUGAUAUGCUGUGCCAUUUAUUUCGGUUCCCAAAAUUUAUUUUCACAAAUUUAUUGCAUUGUUAAUUGAAUUUCAUCAUUUAUUUCUAAGUCCCAUUCAAAAGUAAAUUAGACAUUUAAAUUUAUUAAAUAAUUUUUGCACAAUGAAAAUAUCUCAAAUAAAUAUUAACAACAAUAUAAUUAAAAGUAAAUAAAAUAAACUAUAUGUUGAAAGCUUAUUGAAUAUUUAUUUAAAUGUCUUGGUUACAGACAGUAUUUUCUGGGAUAUGUAGGACCUUGAAUUGCCAUGACUCAUAUUUUAAUGCAAUGUUUCUUGAAGUAAUCCAAAACCCUAUACAUUUACAAAGCUCUAUAUUUAUUAUUGCAGAAUAUAAGGUCGGCCAGUAAGCCCAUCUGACAACU